AUGUUCUCCUCUUCAGUCCGUCGGGUAGCCUCGACUGCGACGCCAAUUCCUACAGUCUCGUCCUUCUCCAAUUCCGCCCAGCGCGCCGUGGCAGCUCAAGCCUUGUCAUACCGCUCCCACCAGCGACGAUACUCCUCCUCAAAGCCCUCCAGUCCCGCAGAUGGCUCGAAAGGAGUAACACAUGGCCAGGGAGAAGCUGCGGCUGCAGCCCCUGCGCGGCCAGAGGGCGAGAAGAAAGCCUCCCGUGCGAGUAAAAAGAAGAGCAAGGAUUUAGCGUUAAGUGGAAAGGGCAGAGAUGAAUCGCUACGGAAUCUUCCCUGUGUGCCCAGUACACAUCACAUAUCUCCUAACCAAAUCUCGGCGUCCGAUUUCUUCUCCCUCUAUCGCCCCAUUUCCCUCACUAGUAGCUUCCCAAAAGCUGUCAGCGAAGAAGCAUUUGCUUCUAUCUUUACACAACGCAUAAAGGCAAACAGCAAGCCCACGGAAGUGAUUUCUACAUUAUCGCAAACUGUAGAAAAUCUCGAUAUGAUCACGGGGAACCUGAGGCAGCUCAAGAUCCCGUCGCAACAGCAAGAGCAGACAAGCAGUGAAGAGAAGGAUGAGUUGCGGGCAGCAAUCACAGCAGAAGCCAAUAGGAAAGAACUGCAGCAUCUAGACAGCGCCCCCGAGGAUGCAGCCAUGAGAUUCCCCCGCCACAUUCUCUCGGGAAAAUACCAAUCCUUCAACCCACCUCCUGCGCCAGUCCCCGAGAACACCCCCGAAUCCCUCGCAGCAGGUCUCGAAGCAUCCCAAGAAACACACAAGACCUACACAUCCGUCGUCACGAUCUCCGAGUCCACAGACAAAUACGGAGAAAUCACAUACUUCUCGCACUCCACCCCCUCGUCGCCACACCCACAGCGAUGUCCACACCCACCCGUUUCCGUGAAUAAAUACUUGACGCAAAUAGGUGGUGUCCGGGAAUACGAGGGCAUGUUUGCGAUUAGCGUCAAGAGGCAAAGAAAGCUGAAGAUGAAGAAGCACAAGUAUAAGAAGCUUAUGCGACGGACAAGAAAUCUGAGACGCAGGUUGGAUCGUAAUUAG